GCACUUCCGGUGAGUCUCCUCCGGCCUCCCGGCUUCAGUGUGGCGGCGGCGACAGUCAGGAGAGCAGUCGGUGGGCUCCGCGCUAACGAUCCCCGUGAGAAGCGGUGCCGGCGAGGAAGUGUCCAUCAUGUUCUCGUUCAACAUGUUCGACCACCCGAUUCCCCGGGUCUUCCAGAACCGCUUCUCCACGCAGUACCGCUGCUUCUCCGUGUCCAUGUUAGCAGGGCCUAAUGACAGGUCAGAUGUGGAGAAAGGCGGGAAGAUCAUUAUGCCGCCCUCAGCCCUCGACCAACUCAGCCGACUCAAUAUCACCUACCCCAUGCUGUUCAAACUGACGAAUAAGAACUCGGACCGCGUGACGCACUGUGGCGUGCUGGAGUUUGUGGCCGACGAGGGCAUCUGCUACCUCCCGCACUGGAUGAUGCAGAACCUGCUGUUGGAGGAAGGGGGCCUGGUUCAGGUGGAGAGCGUCAACCUGCAGGUGGCCACCUACUCCAAGUUCCAGCCCCAGAGCCCCGACUUCCUGGACAUCACCAACCCCAAGGCUGUGUUGGAAAACGCCUUGAGAAACUUCGCCUGUCUGACCACCGGGGAUGUGAUCGCCAUCAACUACAACGAGAAGAUCUACGAGCUGCGAGUGAUGGAGACCAAGCCCGACAAGGCCGUGUCCAUCAUCGAGUGUGACAUGAACGUGGACUUUGAUGCUCCCCUGGGCUACAAAGAGCCCGAAAGACAAGCCCAGCACGAGGAGUCGACAGACGGCGAAGCUGACCACGGUGGCUAUGCCGGCGAGCUGGGCUUCCGCGCCUUCUCCGGCUCGGGGAACAGACUGGACGGAAAGAAGAAAGGGGUGGAGCCCAGCCCCUCCCCCAUCAAGCCUGGGGACAUUAAAAGGGGAAUUCCCAAUUAUGAAUUUAAACUUGGUAAGAUCACUUUCAUCAGAAAUUCACGUCCACUGGUCAAAAAGGUCGAAGAGGUGAGUUUGUUCACUGGUAACAAGAAGUUUCAUAGGCCAGAGGUGACAGGGGUUCGCAGCAUUAGGAAUUAGGUGGUUUCUGUCAUUUUCCGUUUCUGGUGGCCUGCUUUUUCCAUAGUGCGUGUAUUAAGACCACGCAACUUUGGGGUCAGGAAUCCCGUCCUGCUCUGGGGCUGCCAGAGAGCCAGGUGCCCGGGGUGGGCUCAUCUUCUCUGUGCUUCCUCCCGUGAGACCUUGCGCUUCCAGGCCCUGGGCCACACCUUCCAGCAGAGUGGGCUCGUCGAAGAAUGAGGAAGUGAAGGCCGAGCACCCGCAGGCACGGCUGCUCUGCGGCCCCGUGGCCAGGCCUGGCGGGCACCCACACUGAGUGUGUGUGCAUGUUGGGGGGACACAUUUGCUCCUGGGGACAGCCAAGAGACUGAGCUUGCCCAGAAUUACUACGGCAGCGACAGGCACCGGCGUUCAAGUCCCCUGGGUCAGGCCUGUCACCCGAUGUCACCACAGUUCUUCAACACCUGGUGGCGGUGGGCACUAUGAUACCGGUUCAGAGGCCCCUGCUGCUGCCAGGCUCCAUGCUAAGUACUUUAAGUGUAGCGACCAUUCGGUCCCCACAACAGCCCUGUCAGGUGGCUCCACGUGACCUCCACUGAGACACGAGGACAGUGAGCCUCCCUCAGGCCUGGCACUGAGGACUGCAGGGGAGAGCAGGAGGAGCUGGCCGAGGGAAGAUUCCGCCCUGUGGGAACUCUCCCCAGGGUGCUGGGAGUUGGCUCAGGUCGCUUCCUGCCGCAGAUUGCCCACCCGACCAGCAGCUGCAGCUGGGAUGCAGUCCCAGAGCGGGGCGCGUGUGUCUGGAACACCACCCCUCCAAGCCAUCGCUGUCUUGGAGCUGUUU